AUGGCUUUUUCUCGCCUUUCGACCUUCGUCGUCAUCAUCAGAGUAUCCUGCCACCACCAUCAUCGACGCAUUGCACACCAUGUCCGCAUCAAAUACCGCCGGUCGUGCGGCGAGACACCUCUUGCGCACGUCAGCAUCGACUCGAACCGCCAGGCCUUCUACCUCGACUCUUGCUUCUCCUGCUCUUUCGCAGCGAUCGUAAGUUAUUCCACCUCACAUGUCUCGUAUCGCAUCCACAUCCUUGCAGCCACUGACUUUCCCCCAAUAUUCCUCUGCUACAACAGCAUCUCCUCCUCCGCCCCACGCACCUCCUUCCUGUCCGACAUCUCUGGUCGACUCGCCAAAGUGGCUCUCGGCUCCAACUACACCAAAACCAGAGAGCGAGGAGGCAUCCUACCCGAAGAUCAGACCAAACUCGAAUACGAACGUCGACGCGAUUCCGCCAUGGCCUCCGUCUCCCCCGACGGCAUGCCUCUCUUCGACGACGUAGAAUCACUACCGCUAUCCCAGCAGGUCGAACGAAGGCAACAGCGUCUCUCGGCCAAAACCGAGGCUCGUCAACUGCGAAAACGCUUCAACGCCAAAGAUCCCUCCACCGGCGCUGCCUUGGAACACAAGUACUCGACAGCAGCGUUCAAAAUCUCGCCGCGGAAACUGCAGCUGUUGGCGAACCAGAUCAGCGGACAACCCAUCGAUUACGCCAUUCUGCAGAUGCAGUUUUCGCCCAAACGCGCGGCUAAGAGGGUGUUGAGCACGUUGGCGUUGGCGAGGGAUCAUGCGGCGGCAAAAGGGAUGGAGGUGCCGAGGUUGGUGGUCAGCGAAGCGUGGGUCGGGAAAGGGUUGUAUCUGACCAGGACGGAUAUCAAGGGUAGGGCGAGGAUGGGGAGGAAACAUCAUCCGCAGGCUAGGUUGAGCGUCGUACUGAGGUACGGAAAGACGUAUGCGGAGAAGGAGACCGAGAGGGUGGAGCUGGCGAGGAAGAGGGUCAGGGCUAUCGGCACCGGUGGCGUUGUGAGGACGGAGGGUAAGAUCGUCAACGGGUUCCAGAGACCUGGUUGGGGUUGGUGA